CCACUCACUCACCUCCGCCGCGCCCAGUGCUCUUCUGCUGGCUGAGGUACAAGGUGGACUUUCUCGUUCUCAGCUUCAUCUUCUCGUGGGAGCGGUUCUGGAGACCACGGAAAAAGAGGCUGCCGCCGCCGCCCUCUCGCUCCAUCCUGCAUCUGCUUCGAGGUCUGCUGGGGACAGCCAGCCGUCACCGUCCCCAGCCCUGGGCAGCUGAAGCAGCGCGCUCUUCCGCCCACUAAGUUUGGCCUUUGCGAGCGGCCGUCUCUGGCAGGCGCGGAGGUAGCCGGGAAAAGCUAACUUGGUUACGCCCACGCCCGCGGCUGGUUUCUGCUGAGCGUCCCUGUGGCGCACUGCUGCAUGUUCAGGCAACGCUUCUGCGCUUCGCCACGGGCUAGUCCCUGCUUUCCAGCCUACGUUUCUUUCUCGAGGGAUUGUUGCCCUCCUUUGGCUUCGUGGUCUCUGCGGCUGGCGGUCCGGAAACUGCAGAAAGGAGCCGGAUCUCGCCUCUGCGGGGGCAGGCGGGAGGCGGCGCGGAGCCUGAGCGGGACUGUCAGAGGUCUCUGAGUGAUCUGAAGAGAUAUCCUGGAAACCACCCUUGCACUGUGCGGUGUUUGUUGAAAAAAUGUUUGGAAGAUUGACUUUUCCACAACUGCUUUUUGCUACCAUCCUUGGAAUUGCUGGAGGCAUAUAUAUUUAUCAACCAGUAUUUGAACAGUAUUCCAGAGAUCAGAAGGAAUUAAAAGAAAAGUUGAAAUUGGUACAAGACUCAGAAGAGAAGAAAAGUUAAUACUACAUGGAGUCGAACUGUAAUUGCUUAAAGUUCCAUUGAAAUUAUACAUUGACUAUAAAUAAUCUAGUAAAAAGUUAUCAAAUAUAUUUUAAUUUUAAUUGUAAAUAAAUCAUAGAUAAUGAUUUUAAAUUAGUUUUAAAACUAGCACUGUCAAUUUUAAUGUUUCCUGUAUUCUUAUUUGCCAUUUUAUGUCUUUUCACCAGGACAGAUUAGUACUUUCCUUUUAAGCAAAAAUGAAUGUCUUAAGGAAUAUUUUAUUUCCUAGUUGAAGCUUCUUUUUUCUGGGAAUGUGGCCUAUACAUUGGCAGUCUAGACUGUAUAAACUAGCUGGGAAUGUUGUUUACAGUUGUGUUUGUAGAUUAAAUUAACCAAGUUAACUUCAGGCAGGAUGCCCCUCAGCCUACAAUUAGCCUGCUUUAAUAUACUUUAGAAGUCUUUCAAUCCCAGCCCUUUCUCAUCCCAGGCAGAAUGGAGGAGUAAAUUGAGAAUUGGGGUGGCUCAGGUCAAAUGGAGGUUUUUGAGAAGGUAGGUGGUGUCACAUAGGGUGGCAAACAAGCCACAGCUCUGUUUACUUAACCCACCAAGCAAAUUUGCAUUAUAAUGGUGGUCAGGGAGGAGUUAAUUUAUUACGAAGCUAUUCACAUAGUUAAAGGGUUUUUUUGGAAAUCGCUAAGAACUGAUAUUUAACAACGAAAGCUUAAAUGUAAUCACAUAUGUACAAAAUGCUUUAAAUCAACUCAUUUCUUCUUAUUGAUUUUUUUGAAAAAUAAAUUCAUUGUAACUUAAUCUAAACUAUGUUGAGACCAGCAUACGUAAUUUAAAAAAAAAAAUGUGAAUAAGAAAUUACAGAGUAGUACAUGUUCACCUCAUUAAAAAAAACCAAACAAUACAGAAUGAACAAAGUGAAAAUUACUGUUUUUCAGUAUACAUUGAUUUAAUUAGCACCUUUAAUAGUUUGAGCUUUUGAGACUGUUUUUCUUCUAUGCACACUGAAAAAUAUAUGUAAAUUUAAAACACAUACCAAGUAUCUACUGUGUGACAGGCUUGGCUUGUCUGUCGGUAGACUGGGGUUCUGUUCUGUGUGUCUUCUCAUUGUGGGCCCCAGGCUCAAGGAGUAGCCCCUAUCUAGGAUAUGACAGAGUUUAGGAUUAAGAGAGCGAGAGACUGAAAGGAAACAUGAAUUGUAAAUGUCUGCUCAGCUGUGGCAAAUGUCUCUUCAGAGUCUGCUGGUUUAGAGCAUGUCACAAGGUCCUGCCCAAAGGUGAGGCCAGGGAAAAAGACUCUUGCCACAGGAUACACAGUCAAGUGUAUUCCUGCCUGUGACCAUAGGCAAGAAUAUAUAAUCCUGUUAUCCAAGGAAUGAUAAUCCUAUUUAACAUCAUGCGAAAUUGAACUGUUUUUGAUCCUCCUUUUGGGAAGGAUUGGUUUGUCAGUUCGGUAGUCACAUAACAAGUGCCAGGGAAUGAGUUGUUUUUUGUUUUUUGUUUUUUCCGGUAAAGGUACUGCAGCCAUUCAAAUCAAAGCCACAGUGAGAUGUCGCUUCACAUAUACUAGGAUGACUACAGUCAAAAAGGGCAAAUAAUGAGUGUUGACAAGGAUGUGGAGAAGUUGAAACCCUCGUAUAUUGCUGGUGAGGAUAUAAAACAGUGCAGCUGCUGUGAAACAGUUUGGAAGUUCCUCAAAAAGAUAAACAUAGUGAUACCAUAUAUGACGCAGCAAUUCUGCUUUUAGACAUAUGUCCCAGAGUAGUGAAAACAUAUGUCUACACAAAAAUUUGUAAAUGAAUGCUCAUAGAAUCAUUGUUAUAAUAGCCAAAAAGUGAAAAUAACCCAAAUGUCUCAACCAGUGAAUGGAUAAACAUGUUGUGGUAUAUCCACACAAUGGAAUAUUACUCAGCUAUAACAAGGAAUGAAAUACUGAUAUGUGCUGCAGCAUGAAUAAACUUUGAAACAUGAAAGAA